AUGGGAAAAGACAAGAUUCAGAUGCAUGGAGACAAGCCAACUCUUACUCUACACAGCUCACAGCCCAUAUCACCACCACUCUUAGCAACCCCCACACCUAUCAGGGCCGCAAACAAGAUGAAGCGCAAACUCAACGAGCACGAUGUCCCCGACGCCGAGGACGGUUCCUCGCCCGCUUCAAAACGCAGAGCGAGCGAUGCGUCACAGACUGAGUCGCCCAAACCAAGGAAAGCAACAGCAUUAGCACCAGCACCGUCAUUUGCCGACUUGGAUCUGGAGCCACGGCUACUGCGGGGCAUAAGAGACCAGAAAUGGAGCAUACCUACUGCGGUUCAGUCGCAGGCAAUACCUCUGGCGUUACAAGGGCGAGACAUUCUCGCACGUAGUGGCACUGGCACUGGGAAAACAGGCGCCUAUCUGCUUCCCAUUUUGCACAAUACUUUACGCAGAAAGGGCAAAUCGUCGCUCAUACUUGUACCAACCAAAGAGCUUGCGCUGCAGAUCACAAAAGUCGCCAAAGCGCUCUCAGCAUAUUGUGGACAAGACAUUCGGAUACAGAACAUUGCUGGCAAGGAGUCUGAGCUUGUGACCAAAGCAAAAUUGGCCGACAGGCCAGACAUUGUUAUUGCGACUCCAGCACGUGCUUGGAUCAACAUUAACAAUGGCGCCCUCUCGGUGACGGAGCUGGCACACUUGGUGGUGGACGAAGGCGACUUGGUCAUGGGUUACGGCUUCAAAGAUGACCUUGACCAGAUCGAGGAGAAUAUUCCGACAGGUGUACAGAAAUUUCUCAUGUCUGCGACGCUUAACACCGAGGUUAAAUCGCUUGGUACACUUCUCUGCGUGGAUCCAGUGGUGCUGAAGCUCGACGACCUUGACAAGAACGCGCAAAAGGUCAAACAAUAUGUCAUAAAAUGCGCGGAAGAGGAGAAAUUUCUCUUGAUCUAUGCCAUGUUCAAGUUGCAGCUAAUCAAGGGCAAGUCGAUCGUCUUCGUUGGAGACACUGACCGCUCGUAUCGCGUGAAGCUCUUCCUUGAGCAAUUUGGAAUCAAGUCCUGCGUCCUGAACUCCGAACUUCCGCUCGCUUCCCGCCUCCAUAUCGUCGAAGAGUUCAACAAGAACAUCUACAACAUUCUUAUUGCGUCGGAUGAGACCGAGAUAUUGGGCCAGCAAGAGAUUGGCGAGUCGAGACCCAAGAAGAAAUCGAAGAAGGAGAAUGAGAGCAAGACCGACUCUGGAGUAUCUCGUGGUAUUGACUUCCUUAAUGUAUCCUGCGUCCUCAAUUUUGAUUUCCCUGGCACCUAUAAAUCAUACUUCCACCGCAUCGGCCGAACUGCGCGCGCGGGCAAAUCGGGCACAGCCAUCUCCUUCAUCAUACCGAAAGACAAGUAUCGUAAACACAAAUCAACAACAUUUUCAGGCUGUGAAAAUGACGAAGAGAUACUGAAAAAGGUGGAGAAACACCAGGAGGAAGGCCAGAAACUGGAAAACUACAAUUUCGACAUGAAGCGGCUGGAGCCAUUCAGGUACCGUUUCGGCGAUGCGCUGCGAUCAGUCACAAGGAUUGCGAUUCGGGAGGCACGUAUCAAGGAGAUUCGAUUGGAGCUUUCCAAGUCAGCAAAACUCUCGCGCUACUUUGAGGAAAACCCUGAAGCCCUGGCACAUCUGCGACACGAUCAGACCCUCAAUCACCCCGCGCGCAUACAACCACAUCUCAAGCAUGUGCCAGACUAUCUGCUGCCUGGCGGUAAGAAGCCAGAGGAUGUGGGCUUUGUGGGCUUGAACCUUCCUAGGCUGGACCGGAAGAAGUUUAUCAAGGGUAAGGGUAGAAAGGUGGUCAGAGGUAGGAACGGCAAGGUAGAUCCAUUGAAGACAUUCAACGCAAGAGGUAAAAGCAAGAAGUAG